AUGUUUUCCUCCCUGCUGCGACCCAAGCAGAGCAAUCGCAGCCGUCGUGUCGACCGUUUCCAUGAUAGGCAAUCACCUUCCCCCGGCCCGGCCUAUCGCCACUACGUUGGCGAACCCCCGAGACGCGCCACAGGAGACUUUACCGAGGGGGAAGAUGACCAAGAGGAGGAGGACGAGGAGGACGAUGGCUCAGGCCACUCUGGGGACGACAACGAACAUGUAGACGACGAGGACCUUAGCCGCCGCUCUAUGCCCGUUCUUCCUCUCUUCUCGUCAACAUACCUUGACUCCCUGCCCAUAUACAGCAUUACCCACGCGAUUCGCGUCAUCGUCCAGGCCCGAACCGAAACGACGUUAACAUGGGACCAAAUACGCUCCCCCCAGGUAUCCCAGUUCCUGGUCAAGCCCAUGCAGCAGCAGAUCAGGACUCAGCAGUUCAACCGCGCCACCCUGUACUGUCUGAUGGCCAACUGUCUGCAGUUCAACAAAGAGGGCCAUAUGUACCCAGGCAAUGCUGGUACCAGUUAUACGAGGGCUUUGGUCUGCGAACUCCUCGCUCUCAAGCUCCUCAAGGAAUACAAUACCCGCGAGCUCAUCGACGCCCUCUCGUACGACUUCUACCCCCUCCAGGGGCUUCCCGGCGCCCAGCCUGCCAGCACUCCCAAGGCAGACCCGAGAAACAAGGCGCGCCUCACCGCGUCACGAACCUCUACACUCGAAGUCGCCAUCCGCGCCUCCGCCAAGCACUUCUUGGCCCAUCCUUUGGUCGUGCAACAGCUCGAGGCUAUCUGGAACGGCGCCAUUAGCUUUUAUUCGUCCGCAGACAGCCUGCACCGCGAGCCACCUCCUUCGCCUACUGGCAUCAGACCCGAUGCGAGAACGCCACUGUUAGGCGGGCACAACCAGAAGGAGGGGCAGCAGCAGUCGGCUCCUGGGCGGCGGAGUGUCAUUCUUUAUGAUCCUCGCCAGGCCUCUCUGUUCAAGCUGUCGCGUCUCCGUGUGCCACGAUAUAGGUUCUUUCUCUCGACCAUGUCGCUACUUGUCCUCAUCGGCCUGUUCCUUGCGGUUCUUUCUCAACGCUCGGCCCGCAUUAGCUCGCUGGAAUUGAUAUUUUGGUUUUGGAGUGCCGGGUUCAUGCUGGAUGAGCUGGUCGGAUUCAACGAACAGGGUUUCUCGCUCUACAUCAUGAGCUUUUGGAACGCUUUCGAUCUGGGGAUCCUGCUGUUGUUGAUCGUCUACUACUUCAUGCGCGUCUACGGGGUAUUCCUCGUAGACGCAAAGCACUGGAAUGACUCUGCUUACGAUGUUCUCGCGGCGAAUGCCAUCCUGCUGCUUCCCCGUAUCUUCAGUGUGCUGGAUCAUUACCAGUACUUCUCUCAGCUGCUCAUCGCCUUCCGCUUGAUGGCGGUUGACCUCGCAGCCGUUUGCAUCCUGAUUCUUAUCUGCUGCAGUGGUUUCUUUGUUUUCUUCACUCUUGCUGAUACCAACAAUGAUGCGGGCGACAUCGCCUUCAGGAUCUUCCAGAUCUUGAUGGGCUUUACUCCAGCUGCUUGGGAGGUUUGGCCAGGGUACAACUGGCUCGAGAGGGGUCUGAUGGCCUUUUUCUUGAUCCUUUGUCACUUCGUCAUCGUCACCAUCCUCAUCACGGUCUUGACAAAUUCCUUCAUGAAGAUUGCCUCCAAUGCUAGGGAGGAACAUCAGUUUCUCUUUGCCAUCAAUACCAUCUCCAUGGUCAAGAACGAUGCUCUUUUCUCAUAUGUUGCGCCGGGAAACAUCUUCGCGUGGCUCCUCAUGCCCAUGCGAUAUUGCAUGCCCCUGAAACAGUUUGUAAAGCUGAACAGGACCAUCAUCAAAGUGACACAUUUCCCUCUUCUGUUCUGCAUCUUUUUGUACGAGAAGUACUGGCUCGCUCCGUCCAUGUACGAGCCUACGGAUCUAGUCGAAAAUCAUCACCACCACGGACGGGAUAGGACCAUCUCCUUCGCAGACCCGGCGAGCCGGCCUGCUUUGUUCAGCCCCAACAUCCGGGUCCGCGAAGAAUCCGUCGCUGGGUACCAGAAGGAUCAUGCUCUUGAAGAGGUCUUCCGGCGCGGCCCCGGUUUUGCUACUCUGCGCAAUCAGCGGCGCAACGAGAGGAAGAAAACCCAGCACGCGGUCCGGAACUGGAUGGAUCGGAACGACGAAGCCAGCGCUUCUCCGCAACUCUCCCAGUGGCCAACUUUGGAUGGCAGCCAGGGCGUUCGACCGGAUUGGCUUAGGAGGCUGAGUCUGUCCAGGGAGCUUAGGACGCGCCGGUCACGUCAGAUGUCAGAUGUCAGAUCAGCGGCUAGCGACCCAGCAGAUCUUAUCUCGCAGCCUGCUAUCGGGUCUUUCUUCAGGGGUAUAGCCGCGGCCACCACAGCCAAAGAUGAGGAGAACCAGCAAACGGACGCCGACGGGGAUGACGAGCUCGUCACAAACGACGAGGAAGAGGAAGAAGACAUCGCGACGAAUGCAGACGACAGCCGUCAUGGCCCAGUCAUCCACCAAACCUCGAUUGACGACUACUUCAACACGACGCCUUCGACGAAGCGAUUCGUUCCACCCACAUCAUCGUCAUUGGGCUCAAGUGGAAGACCGUCCGUGUCGGCAACUCCUCGAUCUGCGCGUCGUGUACCACACAGCCGGACGAUGUCAACCAACACCAUCCUAUACGCACCGCAGGAGCUGCGACGGCCGCCCAGCUCGUCGACUCAUUCGCCCGAUCCGCCGCCGACCCGUGCACGUGUGCAGAAUGGGCGUCCUGCGGUAGUUGAGCCAGCUGUGGCUAGUGGCCACCGCUCGCCGCGCCGGCAGACUUACGUGGCAACCACAAAGCCCCGUCCCAUCAUGCCGCCUCGAGACGCGGCGCAGACGGCGCCAAACCGCGCUGGUCUGGUAAGCGUCGACCAGCGACCCCGCCCAAAUCCUCUUAGACGGCUGUCUUCGGUUGAUCUGAGCGUCUUAUCGGAUAACAUCGUACCCGACGAUCCGAAUGGGGGUGGGAUAUCUUCAAGUUUCCAAACACAGAUGGCUAUGGCUUUGAUGAAGGAUGCACGACUGGGUGGGGCAGGACGAGGCACGGAUUCCGGGGACAGCAAUCGAAUGAGCAAGCUUGUCUUGGCACGGAUGAAGACCCUGGAAGAGAGUUUUGCAGACGUUGCCAAGGAGCUGCGCGAGCUCAAGACCACGUCAAGCUCGACUGCUCCCACCACAAGGCGCAACUCCUCGGGCGAAGAGCUGCAGAAGAUGACAAGCCUGAUGAGCGCAGAGGCCACACGGCACAAAGACGGCGGCAGUGAGAGACCCAAGUUGGGGGGGAGAAGGACGACGGGCAAGCGCCCGGCGAGCCGUAAGAGCCUGUUGGACCCCAAGUCGGAAAGGGCAAGGGGCAAGGGCAAGGAGCCGGCGCUCUCUUCGGGCGACGAUUCCGACAGUGAGAGCAUGUCGCCGAUUAAACGGAGCUCGAUGUAA